CUCUCUCUCUCUCCCUUACUGUUUCUCUGUUUUAUCACCUUGUCAUUGGUCUCUUGUUUGAACACAUAGGCCUAAAAUGCGCACUACCACAGUUUCCACUUACAAAAGAACCAAACACUACAGUUCAGCAACAUUUUCUCAAGAACCCCUCUUUUCAGAAAGUGAUUUUUUAUUUUUUUAUUUUUCAUUUGAAUAAAGUUGAUCUGAAUUUCUGAUAUUGUUACUUGAAAACCCACAAUUUGGAGCAAUUUUGUUGGGUGUUAGUACAAUAAGGGUGUUAAUCACAAAACGCAGAAUUGGUUUUCCUGAGAAAUUAAUGUUGGUUGGAAUGGAUAGAAGAGAGCUUGACAGAAAAAAGAGAAUUGGGUCAGUUAAAGCGGCCAUUGGUUUGUAUGGAGAGAGAAUUCUUGAAGGCAAUUCUUCGCUGAAGAAGAAUCCCCAAAUGGAUUUCUCAGAGAGACCCUCUUCAAGAACAAGAGAGAUUCAUCAGGCAAGGAGGGACAUUGGUAAGUUCGAUGGAAGCAGAAGAGUUGUUGCAGAGUCCAUAAAAGCCCAAGCAGAAUUCGAGCUUGCCAACGUGAAGAGUGCGGUGAGGGAUCUGACUUCAAGAAUCAAAGAAUUCAAUUUCAAAGCAAAAUCACAGAUGCGAGAAUUGACUGUUGCGAACGUUGAGAAUUAUCAGUAUGAAGAAGUGCUGAGUGAAUUGGAAUAUGUAAAGCAAGAACUGAGUAAACUCAAGCUCGACAUGGCUUCUGUUUUGGAAGAGAAAAAUCGUGCUGAGAAGGAAACUGAAGUGUCAAAUUCAAGACUGUCGUCGUAUUCAAGCUCUGGAGAAGCACUUAAAAAAGAGAUCGAGGAGGUUAAUGAAGAACAAGUGAUGGUAGAAUUGGCUCGGAUUGAGGCUGUGAAAGAGUUAGGAGUCAUUCAAGCUCAAAGAAAAGAGGAAGAAACCCAAUUCUCGUCUGCAAUGGUGAGCACGAAAGAUAUAAUGAAUAACCUUCUCCAAGAAAUUGAACGCGUGAAAGAGCUUGAAACUAAACUGGCUGUCACAACUUCUGAUGCAAACAUGUUAGAGAAUGAACUAAAGAUUGCUAAGGAAAUGGGCAAAAGUGUUCAAAGAAAUGAAAGAUCAGUCAUGGAAGAAUUGGAGGCAACCAAGAAAGAAUUGGCAUCGAUUCGAGAAGAGGCUUCUCAGUUUGCAGCCUCCAUGGAUUUUAUAAAAGCUGAGCUCAAGCGGCUAUAUGAAGAAACAUAUCAAAUGAAGCAAGCUGAGAAAAAAGCAGAUGUUAAUGUUCGAACUCUCAAUUCGAAGCUCCUCAGGGCAAAAAGCAGACUUGAUGCUGUAUCUGUAGCCGAAAUACAGGCUAAAACAAUCGCAUCCAAUCUAUACUUCACACACGAACAAUUAAAAACAGAAGCAGAGGCUGCCAAAAAGGAGAGGAGACUAAUUGGUGAACAAGUGACAAACAUAAAGGAGGAAGUUGAGAAAACUGAGACUGAGAUUGACUUAGCUGAGAAAACAUUUUUCUCUGCAAUGCAAGAGCUCGAAGCUGUUAAAACAUCAGAAUCAAAGGUUCUUGAGGAUUUGAAAUCCCUCAUUGAGACUACAAUGACUGCUAGAGCUUCUACAUCUCAUGAAAGCUUGACAAUACAAAUUUCAAAUUUUGAAUAUGAGUACUUGGCAGGACGCGCAGCCAAGGCAGAAGAAAUUGCUGAUAGAAAGGUUGCAGCAGCUCAGGCAUGGAUUGAGGCUUUGAAGGCAAGUGAAAAGGAGAUAUUGAUGGAAACUGAGAUGGGUCAUAGAAAAAUCAGAGAGUUAAGGGAAGAGGAAGAGCGAAAAGGCGGUAAACUAGAGGAGUCAGUUUCCUUGAGGAGAGUGAUUGAUGGGGAGUUGAGGAAUUGGAGGGAAAAAACUGAGAAAAGCAAAUCAAUGCCAGCAAGGUGGUCAAGAAAUCGAAACUCUACAUCUUCUGCAAUGGGGUGUAUGUCUAGGUCAGGUUCUGACACUCUUAAGAGGAGAAGAAAGGUAGUGCCACAUCUAGUCAAGUUCUUUAGUAGCAAGAGCUUUGAGAGGGGAUACUAGUUGAGGGUUUUUUUGUGUGCGCGCGCUUGUUUUCCUUGUUUUUCUUCUGUAACACAAAAAAGAAAAAAGAAAAAAGAAAAAGAAAAAAAAAGAAGUGUGGCCAGGUUGAGUGAGUGAGAAAAAGUACAAUAGAGGACUUUGUGUGCUUGUCUUCAAAGUUCCAUCUCAAUGGUUGUCCUGAUAUGAUCAAGUUUGAGGCUGUAUAAUUCAUAUAGCUUCAUUUUGUCAGGGAGGUGGCAUCAGAGAACAGAUGAGGACGAUAUUUAGGAUACACUUAUAAGACGACGCACAAUAUUUCUUUUUGGACUUGGAGGUGCUUAGGGACAAAUCCAAGAGUUCAACAAUUAGGUUGAGUCAUAACGAACAAUACUUUGAGUUGAGCGUCUUACAUAGUAUUAGAGUCGGGAUCAUGCCUAUAUUAAGGUGGGGAUGUUGAAACCCCCAAUCCGAUACUUACUAUAUCCAAAAUAUACUUGUAAGACGGUGCAAAAUACUUAUAUAUAUUGUAUGAGAUAAACCUGUUUACUGUUAGGUUAGAUUCACACUUACAUCUUGGUUCAUAUCAAAUACAGUACUAGUUUGUUUCUAAAAAUUUGUGGUUGGCUAAUUAUGAUCAAGUCAACCAAAACCAAAAACCUCAACAAAGCCAAGCUUAUGUUAUAUAUACAACAUUCACCCAGACAGGCAUCAUACAAAAAGAAGAUAAAGACUAGAGACACAUUAUCAAUGCAUGUCUUCAUGGAACAAUUGCUAGAUAACUGAAACACAAAAUGAUCAUUCAACAUUGUUAUAUGCCACAUAACUGAAAGAGAAAAAAAAAAGAAAAAA